AUGGUUGUGGAAGCAGUGUCGGAGCAGUGCAGCCAGUUGCAGGAAGAAGAUACGACAGAUGAACGUGGUGAAUAUCGUAUACGUGGUCUUCAUCCAAAUUGCGUUUAUCGAUUAGUUCUGAAAACUCCAAGUGGUCAACGAAUGAAAUCCUAUCCGAGAUAUUACGAUAUUACGGUGAAUACAGAAGAUGUGCGGGGGACGGAUUUUGUGCUUACACACAUUAAAGAACAGGUGGAUGUGGCUGGCGAAGUAAUAUUUGCUGGCAUGGAGCCACCUUUGCAGUAUAAAAUUGGCCUAUACAAACAUGGUGAUCUGAUGCAGCAAGUAACCGUGAAUGCGCCAUCAACCGUCUUUUACUUUGACAUACCCAGUGUGAACAAUGAGGUUAGUGAAUUAUCGCUGCGAUGA